AGCAGUUCCCCUGGAAAAAUGUUGAUCAACGAUUGAAGAUCCUCAUGCCGAAGCACUAAACGCGACGCAAUAAACCAGUUCGCGUGGUCAACAUCUUUGACCGUCUUUAUCCUGCGGUACUUAAUGAAUUAGUCGCGCAGUUGAGGACCACCAACUUUCCUGACCUGAUCGCAGAUGAAAAUACAAGUACAACCGAGGACCCGAUUUAUUUACGUCCGAACGUGGCAGAGGCCGACGUAGGUGUUUAAUAAAAAUCGAGCUUCAAAAAUUUUUUAUGAGCUUGUUUUAAUAAUUAAAGUAUUCUAUCUUCAUCAUGUUGUCCGCUGGUGAUUCAACAUCGGUGGAAGCCGGUGGACUACUAGUAGAAGCUGCCGCUCCGGGCAGCAGCACGAAGCUGCGAAAGCGAGAGCUGCGACGCAACCUCAUCUCUGCGAUCUACCUCUCCUUCACCCUCGGUCACGCGCACAUCAGUAUGCGAGCCUCGUCCCUCUCCCUGCAGGUCCUGUCCGCGACCUUGGCCUUCGACGCAUUAGUCCUCGCCUUCGGAGGCUUUUUGCUAUCCAGUGCAAAUAUGUGUAUGUCUUCUAGAACGACAAAAAUAAAACGCAAAUUAAUCAUGAUUUGUCACGCUGACAAGUCUUGCAGACGACCAAAGCGGCCUUUUGUACGGCGUGAGCCAAGAUGAACCCCAACGGAUGAACACAAGUUUCCUAUGAUUUUUGGGUGGUAGCAAUAUUGCAAAUUUACUUCUAAUACUAGGUGUACUUACAAUUGCAUUUUGCUUUUGCGUGACAAACUGCGACCCGCAGGUAAGUAGCACGAGUGAAAAGCAGGCCGCUCCGGCUGUUCUUGCACCAGAAAUUUUGUUUGUUGUCCUAUGUCCUUCAAAUCUCGACGUUUCGUAGCCCCAGACCACAUCUUUGCGAUGCAUACCCGCUCAAAUGGCGCAAAUUGCUGGAAUUUCUCGGCCGGGUCCGGUUCUUCGCAGACGCGCUGGCCUGGCCCUUUUUCCUCAGUUUUGCGGUGAACUAUGCUGCGGAAAAAUUCGUAUAUCAUCUCCCCAAACUCAAAGCGGAAAUUUCUCAUGCUCUUUUUUUUGUAGCUACUGCUACAGAUCUAACGACCGACCUAGUACUAUAGCAAAUCAUCGUCACCCCCUGGCCACGCAAACAAAUCGGCCUCGCCAAGGUUCUUCAUUUUGAUACGAGGAGUUGGGGAGGCUUUUGCUUUUCGUUUGAAUAUAAAAGUGGGAAAAAAUUGCGACUUUAUUGCCGCUCACAAGGCCGACAACUGGGAAUUCAUGCUGCAGAGCCUGUUCUACCUGUUGUCCCUGAUUUUCGUGUUCCGCGAGGUGACUUACUACUGCUACGUGUUUUUCGAUCCCAAAGGCACAGAGACCAAGAUUCUCGCAAACCUCAGGGCGGACGGAAAUAUCGACGCAAACACCGGACGGUACGCGCCCGCUCGCGGGGCGGGAAGUAUUAAAGAUGCGUCCGUAGGAGCGACGCCCCGCGACGCGCCACUUGUGAACAACCCAGUAGAUGACCCCGCCGGGAACAGGAACUACCCAGCGGGGGGCCCUAGAAGUACACCUUUGCAAGUGCCCGGGGCGAUGGAGAUGACCACGCAAAGCACUAGUAGGCAAGCCAGCUCUAGUAGUGGCCCAACCUCUGCUGUUGCAGAGGAUCUUCACCGAGAUUAUCCAAAUGCGGCCACGUCAGAUGCACAGGUGGUCCAGCGGGUCCUCGCCGCCCCCGCAGCUCCGGCCCUGCAGCCCCGCGUUGCAGCAGCAGGCGACAAAAACAACUUCAAGGAUGACGACGAGCAACCCGAACACGAGCAGAACUUGUUUUCCCUGGCCCAAAGUUUCCACCCCGGGUUCUUGCAAACCAAAGCCCCGCGGGACGAGCUCCCCGGGGGCCGCGGCGGCGGCUCCUCGUCCCUGACACGAGGACAGCAGGGCGUGAAAGCCGACUUCGGCGACUGCCUCCCGCGAAACGCGGUUUUCGGCGGGUACUUCCGGCCACUCUCCGAGGAGGCGGACGACGGAAGGUUGGUAUUCGUGCCCGUGCCGAAGCGCGACGGCCUGUACAUCGCCAGCGGCAUCGUGAUGCUGGAGCACCUGGUCCUCGGGUUUUCCGCGUUCGUCGACCACGUGCCGCACAAAUUUCCGCCGCUCUUUUUCGGGGCGGUGAUCGGGUUCGGGGGCCGGAUGCUGGAGAAGAAGGUGGAAAAUUUAAGUUACGCCCGCCUCUCCCUCCGCCUCUCCGAGUUGCUCUGGAUGUAUUGCUGCUUCCGCCAAGAACAAAGCUGCGACUCCCUGUUUUAGCAGGAGGCUGAAGUUGGUUCAUCGGACGAGAGGUGAAAAUGCCGCAUUUUUAGUGCAUCACGAUCUUCACCGACUUGAAUGCUUUUACAGGAAUCGCACUCCGUCGCAAUUCUCGCUGAAAAAAAAUGCCCACACUUGAUGAUAUUUUCGACGCUAAAUUGCAAAUUCGCCGUCGAGCACUUCUGCGCCACUUCGAAAUAACCUGUCGCCAGACGAUCUGUGUGUGUGUGGCCGCUCCUCUCUCAUGUGGAUGCAUGUGAAUGCUCGAAUUAUAUAUAUAUUCUUGCUUUGCGAUUUUUAUCUUUCGUUUUGCGCAAAUA